CAAAGUUAUACCAGAUGUAAACCUUAUAUUAUGUUUGUCACAAUCAUCUCAUUUACAUAGGCAUAAGCGAAGGCAUACCGAAGAAAAACAUUAUGUUUGCACACAAUGUGGAAUGGGUUUUUCACAAUUAUUUAAUUGAAAUAGCCACAAGCGAACUCAUCCCAGAGAAAAGCCUUAUGUUUGCAAACAAUGUGGAAAUUUAUGUGAGCAAACUUAUAUGUAAAAUAAACCUUAUGUCUGUGAACAUUGCGGAAAGGGAUAGCCACAAGCGAACUCAUACAGGGGAAAAAGCCUUAUGCUUGGAAACGAUGUAUAAAUGGUUUAUCAGAAUUAUGAGCAAACUCAUACCGGAGAAAAGCCUUAUGAUUGCAAACAAUGGUUUUUCGGAAUCAGCUCUUGAGAAACUUUGUUUACAAACAAUGUGGAAAUGGGAUUUUCGCAAUCAUCCAAUUUGCAUAUGCAUAAACGAACUCAUACCGAAGAAAAACCUUAAGUUUGUGAACCAUGCUGAAGAAGUUUUUUAUGAAUAUUCAAUUUACGCACACAUUAACAAAAUCAUCUAGUUUGCGUGUGCAUGAGCAAAGUCAUACCAGAGAGAUACCAAAACAAUGUUGAAAAUUUUUUUCAUAAAUGUUUCCUUUUCUAGGACCAUCAGAGGAUUUAUACAGAAGAGAAACCAUAUGAUUGUUAACAAUGUUGCAGGUUUCUCAUCUAAUUUACAAGUGCAUGAAUGAGUGGUGUAAUUAUCAUUAUUUCUAGAUUUGUGCUCGUGAUAUUUCUUUUGCUGGUUGGGAAAAAUAAACUUGGCCUUGCCAACAGCUGCGAGUGGUCGGCCACUUGGUUAAGCCCAGUUAUCGACUUUUCUUUCCCCUAGGAUAGAUAGGAUGACAUUACUGUUUUGGUAUAGUGCAAUCACAGUUGUUUUGGUGUUUUAUUCCGGGGUAUUAAGUUUCAGCCUAUUCUAUGAAUAAUCAGCUAAUUGACUAGAAAGUACUCCCUACGUUCCCGUAGGUUCCCUACGAAAUUACUUAUUGCAAGUGCUGUUCAAGUGUUAUGUGUGUAUGAAAUUGUUCAAAGUGCCUGUAUUAAGUUUCAGCCUAUUUUAUGAAUAAUCAGCUAGUUGACUAGAAAUUACUCCCUCGAUAUUGAAUGCUUUAUUUUAUGGUUUGUCUAUGAUUUCCGAUCUGUUAUUGUAGCUUUUCUAUUGUUAAAAAUAGUAAGGUCAUAAAUAAGGUUAAAAUAAGAAGUGUGUAUUGAGAAGAAGAUUGGCAUCAAAGCAUAUUAGAAAAUACAUUAAACUGGGAAAAUUCUUACAUAGACUGACGGUACGCUGCACUUUUGAAUUUAUUAUUUGGUGAUGGUCAACGGUACAAAUGAAAACAUUAUGAUGGGAACCACCGAAAACGUAUUUCCUUGCCUCAUCUGCAACGAAAACUUCUUAUCGGGGCCAAGUUUGGAGAAGCAUAUGUUUUCGCACAUUAACGAUGAAAAAUAUUUUAGAACUGAAGAUUUAAACUAUUAUCCAACUAUCAACAUUGUUGAAACAAGUCAGGCUUCCAACUCCAAUGAUCAAUGUGGAAUUGUUUUUACAAAUGCAACUUCUUUACAAAGAGUUGGGGAAGGAAGACCUCAUGCACAAUGUAGUAAAAGUUGGUUGAUUGAUAACCCAGCACAUAAAUGCGAUCAACUUAAACCAGAUGGAAAGUUACAAACCAAGUCACUCCUUCAUACCAACAGAAGACCAGUACCAGGUUUGCAAACCUGCAGUGAAGAUGAACCAUAUGUUUGCAAACAAUCAAACAACAACAACCUGAAAGGAAGGCAAAAGUUGAAUAUGCAUAUUAGAACUCAUACCAGUAAGAAACCAUAUAUUUGUGAACAUUGUGGAAAGGUUUUUUUGCAAUCAUCCUCUUUGCAAAUACAUAAACGAAUUCAUACUGGUGAGAAACCUUAUGUUUGUAAACAAUGCGGAAAAGGUUUUACCAUAUCAUCUAUUUUACAUAACCAUGAGCGAACUCAUACCGGAGAGAAACCUUAUGUUUGUAAUCAGUGUGGAAGUGGUUUUCGGCAACCAUCUAGUUUACAUAGACAUAAGCUAACUCAUACCGGAGAGAAACCUUAUGUUUGUAAUCAAUGUGGAAGUGGUUUUUCGCAACCAUCUAGUUUACAUAGACAUAAGCUAACUCAUACCGGAGUGAAACCUUAUGUUUGCGAACAAUGUGGAAAAAGUUUUUCUCAGUCAUCUAGUUUAUAUAGACAUGAGCGAACUCAUACCGGAGAGAAACCUUAUGUUUGCGAACAAUGUGGCAAAGGUUGUUCGCAAUUAUCUCAUUUACGUGAACAUAAGCGAACUCAUACUGGAGAGAAACGUUAUGUUUGUAAACUAUGUGGAAAGCGUUUUUCACGAUCAUCCUAUUUGCAUAGACAUGAGCAAACUCAUACGUUUACUGCUGAAUUAGAAAAUUACAUCAAACUGUGCGUCCACAAUUUAUGGCAAUGGUCAAUGGUGCAAAAUGCAAACAUUACUAUUAAUAUUCAGCAAUUCUACAUUAUGGAAAUGAUCGAAACCAUCGAAGAUGUAUUUCCUUGCCUCAUUUGUAAUGAAAUAUUCUCAUCGGGGCCAAGUUUGGAAAAGCUUUCGCACAUUCAUGAUGAAAAUAAUUUACCUGGUGAUAAUUAUCUAACUUUCAACAUCAACUCUGAUGAGCAUUGUGGAAAAGGUAUUACAAACAAAACUUUUUUACAAAGAGCUGGGGAAGGGAGACCUUAUAUUCAUGCACAAUGUAGUAAAAGUUGGUUGCUUGAUCAAACUAACCAAGCACCUAAAUGCGAGCAACUUAACAUAAUCUCUGUACCAGACGAGAAGUUCCAAACCAAGUCACUUGUGCAUACCAACAUAAGUCAAGGGUCAGCUUUACAAACCAGCAGUAGAGAUGAACCAUAUGUUUGCGAACGAAGUGGGAAGAACUGGGAAGGAAAGCAAAAGUUGUAUAUGCAUAGGAGAACUACCAGAAAGAAAUCUAAAGGAUUUUCGCAAUCAUCUCAUUUAUGUGACCAUGAGCAAACUCAUACCGGGAAGAAACCUUAUGUUUGCAGACAAUGUGGAAAGGGUUUUUCACAAUCAUCCUCGUUGCAAGUGCAUGAACGAGUUCAUACUGGAGAAAAACCUUAUGUUUGUAAACAAUGCGGUAAAGGUUUUUCUCAUUCAUUCAAUUUACGUAGACAUGAACGAACUCAUAUGGGAGAAAAACCUUAUGUUUGUAAACAAUGCGAUAAAGGUUUUUCGCUAUCAUUCAAUUUACGUAGACAUGAACGAACUCAUAUGGGAGAAAAACCUUAUGUUUGUAAACAAUGCGGUAAAGGUUUUUCGCUAUCAUUCAAUUUACGUAGACAUGAACGAACUCAUAUGGGAGAAAAACCUUAUGUUUGUAAACAAUGCGGUAAAGGUUUUUCGCAAUCAUCUGAUUUACAUAGGCAUGAGCGAAUUCAUACCGGGGAGAAACCUUAUGUUUGUAAACAAUGCGGUAAAGGUUUUUCUCAAUCAUCUUGUUUACAUAACCAUGAGCGAAUUCAUACCUGGGAGAAACCUUAUUUUUGUAAACAAUGCGGUAAAGGUUUUUCGCAAUCAUCUGAUUCACAUAGGCAUGAGCGAAUUCAUACCGGGGAGAAACCUUAUGUUUGUAAACAAUGCGGUAAAGGUUUUUCUCAAUCAUCUUGUUUACAUAACCAUGAGCGAAUUCAUACCGGGGAGAAACCUUAUUUUUGUAAACAAUGCGGUAAAGGUUUUUCGCAAUCAUUCAGUUUACGUAUACAUGAACGAAUUCAUACCAGAGAGACACCUUAUGUUUGUGAACAGUAGACACCUUAUGUUUGUGUACAGUGUGGGAGGAGUUUUUCGCAAUCAUCUGAUUUACAUAACCAUGAGCGAACUCAUACCGGGGAGAAACCUUAUGUUUGUAAACAUUGUGGGAAGUGUUUUUUGCUAUUAUCUAAUUCAAAAGUGCAUGAACGAAUUCAUACUGGAGAGAAACGUUAUGUUUGUAAACAAUGUGGGAAGUGUUUUUCGCAAUUAUCUGGUUUACGUGUGCAUGAGCAAACUCAUACUGAGGAGAAACCUCAUGUUUGUAAACAAAGUGGGAAGUGUUUUUCGCAAUCAUCUGGUUUACGUGUGCAUGAGCAAACUCAUACUGGGGAGAAACCUCAUGUUUGUAAACAGUGUGGUAAGAGUUUUCCGCAAUCAUCUAGCUUACGUAGCCAUGAAAGAAGUCUUGAAUGUGCCCAGAACGUGAGAUGGGAAAAGGAAAAGUGCGUUAAUCGCCGCGAAAGCAUAGGCUGAGUCAACUGCCCAAACUUAUACGUAAGAACUGCCUGUUUUAGAAGAAUGUGGAAAAGGUUCCACAUAAAAUAUCGUCGGAUAACAUUUUUACUGGGGUACUAUUUCCUUGUGCAAUGUUAACAACGACUAACAAGCUUUACAGCAUGGCUGUUAAUAAGUCAGGAGUUGAAUGGACAUGAAACGUAAAUAGUUUCUUUAAUAAAAAUACCCGAAAAAUGUUUUAAUGCUUUGUGUAACAAUAUUUUGAAAUCUAGUUUGUCAUUUGGGCACAUAAUAUUAACCAAUUAAAUUGUUUUUGUGGAUCCAAACAAAUGACCCUUGCAAUAAAAUUAUUUUUAUUAGCUUCGAAUAAAUAUUCCUGGGUCUAACUUUUAUAUCAGGCAACUAAUAAUCAACAGUUAGUUAUACAUACUCUAUGGCGCAUUAUUUUAUUAUCAGUCCGGAUUAGGCCGAGGCCCCUAACGUUAAUCCAUCGUCAGCAUUCAGCCUUGGCAUUAUCAUAAAUUCUUGAUCUGGUCCACUGCCUCAAACAUCCUCUAGUACAGGAGUGGCCAACCCGCGGCUCGCGAGCCGCAUGCGGCUCUUUUCGCCUUGGUUAUUUGAGGAAAAAACAAGUUGAAAACUACGAUUCAUCAUUAAAUACGAUUUAUCAUUUUCGAUUAAACAUAUUAUGAUUCAUCUACAUUAUUCUUUUACGGCGAAAAUACGCCUUCAUUCACUUUACCAUGCAAUCGUUUAUCAUUACGUCACAAUUAAAUUCUUUGUUGUGAGACGCGCUUAUUG